AUGGACAAGUCCUCCUGGUCAAUCAUCAGAUGGCUUCCCAAUGAAGUCCUUUCUGAAAUUGUUCGGCUAAGUGGUCCCAGAGAGCUCGCCAUCUUGCUACGAGUCGCCAAGUUAUUUAACGAAAUUGGGUUCCCUUUGUUAUACCGCGAUGUUCACCUCAACAUCAGCCAUGGAAAAUCAGUGUCGGCCCUUUCCUUCAGGGCAUCUAUUGACCAGGACCCGGCGAGGGCGCGCAUGAUCAAAAGUAUUCGGAUACUAGCUUUGGACUUGGCAAGGUGCAUAUUAUUGAUGAAAGGGUGUCGAAAUUCGAAUUCAGACCAUUUCAGUGUCAAAGCCGUCAACUCUAUCUUGCAGGAUAUUAACACCUUUACUACUGUCGUCCCUGCCAUUCUUCAGCUGGAAAACGUAGAAGUCUUUCGGAUGACUUGCGAAUUCCACGAAGCAGCUUUUGUCGAAUUGCUCGAAAUGGCCUCUUUCCCUAAAAUGCACACCGUCACUCUCGCCUUCAGAAAUCUCACUGUUCCGCCUGCCAUAUCAACCUUCAUAGACAAGCAUCCCACGCUUCGCAAAGUCUCACUCCAAUGCGACACCUUCUCCAGCAAUGAUGCUCCGCCGGUAUUUCGUCACAUAGAAUUGCUGGAGCACAUUUCAGCUCCUUUCGACUACUUCAUUGCCGCCGUACCGAAUGCUAGGAACUUGACUUCUGCCUCAAUCGAUUUUAGCGUAUACGGCAUACCGGAAAUCGAGAGGACCUUUGCAACACUGGCUGAUUCGGCUGCGAGGGAUAGCUGCAAGACCCUUGUUUGCACCACCCAAGCCUCAUAUAAUCCUUUGAUGGACUAUAUAUCGGCUCUUUUACCGAAAAUCGAAAACGUCACUAUUAGGUCUGGUCCUCUACCUCGUUUUGCCUCCUUCGAUGAAUUGUCCAAGCUUAAACAUCUCAAAAAGUUUACACACAUCACAACUGACAAGGACGACGAUGUUUUGCGGAAAGCGAUUGAUCGCAUCAACGACAAACUUUUCCAUGGACUGUCUCCGACAUUAAGUCUAUUAAAACUAUAUGGCGCAACUUGGACCCGAACAAACAAUGGCUGGGUUCGUGCUCAAUCAUAGCCGCGACCUUUGUCUAAUGCAGAAGAUCCUCGACCGCCCAUGGAGACCCCUUAUGUCCAGCUUUUGGUGGUUCAUCAAUCUGCAUGGCCACCAGAAAAUCAUGCACUAGAU